AAACCUGAGAGUACUGCAAAGCCUGCUCUUCCAGAGGGGCUGCAGAAUCUCCCUCCCUGGUACCCAGGCCUUUCCAAAAUGGCCCUUUUAAUUUCCUUCCUGGUCGGGAUACAGGUAUUGUGUUCCUUAGCCGGUCUUCCACCUCGUCCAGGACAGCUACCAAGACCACCACUGACAGGACUGCUCUCCCCAGGGUGCAAUAAUUCUGUAGUCAAAGCAGCUGCAGCUCAGGCCUUAGACUGGAUCAAUUCCCAUGAAAAAAAGGGGUACGUGCUUGGUCUUCAGCGAAUCUUUGAUGCCCGGCAACUUCCGCAGGAGCCUGAAGUCUCUAAGUAUUUUCUCACCUUGGAUGUGCUGGAAACCGUGUGCCAUGUUCUCAGCGGAAAACAGGCAAAGGAUUGCAGUUUCAGAAGCGCCCAUGAGACAGUCUAUGGACAGUGCAAAGUAACAGUUUACGCAGAUAACCACGGGAAAGUUUCUCAGCUGUGUUACUACGACUGCGUUUUACGCCCACUUUCAUCAAGGGCUAUCGCAAAAGUUUGUCCCGACUGCCCAGUUCCCGGGGACCCAACUGAAGCCAGGUUCCAGGAGGCGGCGGCAGAGAGCCUUGCCAAAUUCAACUUAGAAAACAACCAUGCUCAUUAUUUUGCCAUCCUCAACGUCACCAAGGCACGGUCACAGUGGGUUAUUGGGCCUUCGAACGCAGUAGAAUAUACGAUCCAGGAGACAUCUUGCACCAAAGGCAAGGGUGUCCCUGACAUCUCCAAUUGCGAACUCCUCCCACGUGAAACGGCCGAGACAGGCCUGUGCAGAGGUUCCGUGGUAAACAGCCGGGUAGAUAAUCAGAAGUAUGUCAGCGCGCAGUGUGAACUCUACCCCCCAAAGCCACUUGACACGGAUGAUCAGAAUCCACAACCUGGACCUAAACCUGGGCAGGUAGGACACAGCGAAGAUCACAAAAGCAGUGAAGAACUCCAUCACCAGAAAGGGCACGGAGACGGCCAUGGCCACAAUCAUGGUCACAGUCAGGGUCACGGUCACAGUCAUGGUCAUGGCCGCGGCCACGGCCACGGCAAUCGCCGCCACCACCACAAACAUCACGGGAACCACUCGCAUGAGCACCAGAGUCCACCAGGCCAGCCAGAAACACCGGGCCGUGUGGUUGUUCUCCCUCCUUCAAACGAACAUGUAUCUCUACAUUCCCUGCCAGAAAUUCAACCUGAACAAUUAGAUGGGGAACCCGUUCCCCCCGGGGCAGAGAGCCCAACAGGAACCCCUCAAGUCAACCGCCCUGGUGCUCCGGGCAAACCACUGGCUAAGCCAAACAUCUUUGCAUUCCCUGUUGGGUUUUCAAACUCAGCUACGUGUCCAGGAGACAGCACAAUAACUAUCCCUGGUGUUGAGCUGCCCCAAAGGCCUAUGAUAAAAUUGCCCCCAGAGCCCAAGAAGGCCUAAAGUUUGGGUACUGUAGAAUCCCCAAAGCUAUUCAACAUGUGGUACCGCAUCCUCACAGCGGUUUUGGAGGAGGAAGGGAAGGGAGGAGGAGAAAAAGAUGGUCAUUAUAAUCUCUCACCACAAAAGGUAAUAAUAAAAAAAUUCCAACUGGUUGUGCAGUGAAUUGACACAAAGGGCACCAGAGGAAUCUUUGUGGUACUAAUGUUAGUGCUUUGCCAAAUGAGCUCCCUCUUAUAGUAUUCCCAUGCUGUUUGGACCAAAGUCCACAGAGGGAAGGAAUGACUGACAGUGAAUAGGGAGCCCAUCUUGGGCCUUAUAGCACCCCAAAAGCAACACUUGAAAAGCCCCAAACGUUCACAGCUCAGCUGUGCGUUCUUUAGUCCCUGCGGUGGGUGGGAUAUUUUCAUGAAUCUAAACAACAUGGUGGCCAGAGAUUUCUGUUUUUCCUUUCUUUUCUCCGCCCAUCCCUGACCUCCUUGUCCUUGUGAAUGUGAGAAGAACGACGUUUUCUCUGCUGCAAGGAAGCUUAACAAUACUCAAUAAACGAGCAGUGUGACAUUA